CCAUUGUGCCAUACCCUAAAAUAAACGGUUAUGUACUUUAUAGACUGCAGCAUUUCUUAGCGGAGAUUAACGUUUUAUCAAUUAUUGUUAAUUAUUAUUAUUAUUAUUAUCUCCAGCGUGUCUCUCAUGCGUCUUCGUGUAGUGUAGUGUACUCAUUAAAAUUUUGCUGCGGUCUUAAAGGCCUAUGAGUGAUACACUUCCUUUCCUAUCUAAAGGUAGCUCAGGACGAAAGUAUUGUAUGCUGAAGAAGACUUUCAAGUGCACCGAAGCAGGUUUCCAAUGCAUUUUGUCGAAUCUGAACCACCCAAUAUCCUAGCACUUCCGGUUUAUCUCGCGGGGAUUGGAGAGAAAAGGAAAGUUCCUAAGAAAAAAAGAAGAAUCCGAAGAGGGCAUUAGUCAUUUUGGCACGCUUUAUUUCGAAUUGUGAACAUGCUUUUCACGAGCGUGUUCCGGACUUUGGGGCAGGGACUAAAAUUCAGAUGUAUCCACCACAGUCCUACACGGAGAAGUCCUCUGAUACCUAUUGUAAUAGAGCAAACGGGGAGAGGAGAACGAGCUUAUGACAUAUAUUCUCGCCUCCUUAGAGAGAGGAUCAUUUGUGUAAUGGGUCCAAUUGAUGACGCUUUGGCCAGUCUGGUUAUUGCCCAGUUGCUUUUUCUUCAGUCAGAAAGCAACAAUAAACCAAUACACAUGUACAUCAACAGCCCUGGUGGUGUGGUGACAGCAGGCCUGGCCAUAUAUGACACUAUGCAAUAUAUCCUUAAUCCCAUCUCCACUUGGUGUGUUGGUCAAGCAGCUAGCAUGGGUAGUUUGCUUCUGGCAGCAGGGACAACGGGCAUGAGGCAUUCAUUACCCAAUGCCCGCAUUAUGGUCCACCAGCCAUCUGGAGGUGCCAGGGGUCAGGCCACUGACAUCGCCAUCCAGGCUGAGGAGAUCCUCAAAUUGAAGAAACAAAUAAACAAUCUUUAUGCCAAACACACUGGGCAACUGCUAGAAACCAUUGAGAGUGUAAUGGAGAGAGACCGCUAUAUGAGCCCCAUGGAGGCUCAGGACUUUGGUCUUAUCGACCUAGUCCUGGUUCACCCACCUCAAGCUGGUAAAGAUGAGCCUGAGCUGGUUCAGAAAGAGUCUGGCAUAGCAGCGAGUCACUCUGGAACCCUGGAGUCUCUAGAAGUAAACAGUGCCCCAACUGACACACCCAACCCCGCUCCUCUGACUAAAAUUAACCAUAAGUGACCAGAGCAGAGCUGUGCAAAAUAUGUAUAUCUUUUGGAAUUAUUAAACAAAAAAAAAAACAAAGUUUGAAUUUUGUUCCUCCACGCCUAUGUAGGACCUGUGCAGACAUCAUGCUACUUACAUCACUGGAUUUGGAAUCUAUGAUUUUUUUUUUUUUUUUUUU